GUUAGUUCACAGUUAUAAUUCGACUCUCGAAAACAGUCGCAGGAUCCCAAGACCCUCCUCUACAACCGCUUUUGAGUGUCUUACCCCACCGCACCGCACCGCAUCGGACCCCAACCCCCAACCCCAUUAUCUUCAAAGACAGAGAGACAGACACAGCAUGGACAUGAGAAUGGAGCUGGAGAGCUAUGUGCAGUCGUCGCCAAACACCAAUCGAUUCGUUGUCGAGGAUUCGAUCACUAAGGUCACGUCGGAUGGAGAGCCGCACGGCAUGAUGACCAUGGUGGCGGGUCUGUCCGGCCUACUGGCAGCCAUUAUCAUUCUGGCCGUGCUCGCCUCCAUGGUGGCCUGUCGCAAGCAGAAGAGCACCACCAGCAAUAAAAGCAGCCCAAGCAGCAGGAGGCUGAGCAAGAAAUCGAUGAACUUGGCCAUGACCAUUGUCGAGGAAGAGCAGCCGCAGCUGGCGGGCAAUCUCAAUGCAGCCUUCGUCGAGAGCACCCUGACCCUCCAGGGCCAGGAAAAAGACAAGGAGAAGGACAGCCAGUGGUCCACCACGCCUACGUCCGUUGUGGUGCAGCGGUACUAAAUGCAGAUGCGGUCUGGAUUGCCGUGUGACGACGUGAUGUAAUGUGAACGCUUGAGACUGAGGCGGCGGUGGCCCCACCGCCACCACAUAGAUUUAUGCAUACCAUUCAUAUUAUUAUUAUUAUAUUUUUUCGUAGUGGUUUGUUUAAUUAAAUGUAUUGUAGAGUAUCUAACGAC